UGUAAGGAGCAUGUGCGAGCUGUAGUUCUGUCUGCACUCCCAGGCUUGUAAAUUUUCACCCUGGGAAAUUAGCAACAAAGCCCCGAUCUGUCUCCUGGUUGCUUUGCACUUUCCGAGGGCGGCUGUACUUGACUGAGCUGCAGAACAGACAGCGGAGAGAGAAAGAGAGAGAGAGAGAGAGCAACAAGAGAGAGCGAGGGAGCCAAGAGAGGGAGGGAGAGCAGAGGGAAGGGGUGGGGGCGAGGUAAAUACUCUUAAAUCGGAAGGGAGCAGUUUCCUCUGUGGUCUUGACAAGCGCUGCCUGGACUCCGGCGGCUCUGUAAUAACUGAGUGACCUUUUCUUUGGCUGUAUUAUGUCUGGCUGAGAAGGGAUUGCAUUUUGCAGCUGAGAAAGCCAGGGGCUUCCUUCAGCUCCGGCUCCUUGCACACUGCUGGGGUAUACAAAUGCUCUCAGUUCAGCCAGACACCAAGCCGAAAGGUUGUGCUGGCUGCAACCGAAAGAUCAAGGACCGCUAUCUUCUAAAGGCGCUGGACAAAUACUGGCAUGAGGAUUGCUUGAAGUGCGCGUGUUGUGACUGUCGUUUGGGAGAGGUGGGCUCCACCCUGUACACUAAAGCUAAUCUUAUCCUUUGUCGCCGAGACUAUCUGAGGCUGUUCGGUGUGACAGGAAACUGUGCUGCCUGCAGCAAGCUCAUCCCUGCAUUUGAGAUGGUGAUGCGUGCCAAGGAUAAUGUGUACCACCUCGACUGCUUUGCAUGUCAGCUUUGCAACCAGAGAUUUUGUGUCGGAGACAAAUUUUUCUUAAAGAAUAACAUGAUCCUCUGCCAGACGGACUACGAGGAAGGUUUAAUGAAAGAAGGUUAUGCACCCCAGGUUCGCUGAUUCAUCAAAAUAAACCCAUUCAUAAUACAAAGCACUACAUUCUUCUAUCUUUUUUGCUCUACGUGUAUAUAAGAAUUGACACAGGAACCCACUGAAUAGCGUAGUUAUAGGGAAACAGGCUGGUUAUAUGGAAUCAAAGGCAGACUGCAUCUGUAUGUAGUGAAAUUGCCCCAGUUCAGAGUUGAAUGUUUAUUAUUAAAGAAAAACAAUUAAUGUACAUAUUGCUGGAUUUUUUUGCUUGCUAUUCGUUUUUGUGUCAGUUGGCAUGAGAUGUUUAUUUUGGACUAUUGUAUAUAAUGUAUUGUAAAAUUUGAAGCACAAAUGUAAUACAGUUUUAUUGUGUUACCAUUUGUGUUUUGUUUGCUUCUUUGUAUUGUUGCAUUUAGUACAAUCAGUGUUUAAACUUAACUAUAUAUUUAUGCUUUCUGUAACUACCAGCUAUUUUAAAUGAGCUGUAACUUUCUAGUAAAGAAUUGAAGAGCAAAUCUCACUAAUGACACACAGAUAGAUAAACCAAGUCUAUCAGCAUUAGAAAUACUAAAAGUAAAUAAAUAAACACACACACAAAGCAUUCUAGUGACACCCACUUUCUUUGCUACUAUAAUUUAGCCUAUCCGUGUUCUCAUGAGAAACCCUUAUUUUCAGGGGGUUAAAGAGCAGCUUUAAAAAAUGCAUAAAAUUUCACCUUAAAGCACUUUCAUUUUAUACCAACAUGAAAAGUGCCAUUUUUAGAAUAACUUUAAAGCUUAGCAGUAUCCUUUUAAUAUCCUUUAUUAUACUCUUUAUCUACACAAAAGCUUUAUUUUGCUUUUUUUCAACCACACCCUUACGUAAACUAGUGCCUUUGGGUAUCAUGUAAAAAUUUUCCAAAGGGUUACUUAAAAAAAAAAAAAGGUGUUACCGCAAUUCUGAGAUAAUUUUAAAUUAUAAAUUUCUUGUAUAAAUGUUGCCCAGGGAGAUGAGGGCUUAAUAUCUUUAUGAUUUAAUAAAUUGAUGGCACUGAACAGAUUUGAGUGUGAAUCUACUGAAAUUAGGAUAAUGCACAUUGAGGCUGAGAUGGUGUUUGAGUCAUGUAGUGACCAGCCAACAGCAACAUAAUAAUGUUUAUAGAAUCGUCUAGAAGAAGAGAAACAAAGGAACCAAUAAACUGUUGAGAACUAUGUUGGUGAUUACAUAAUUUACCUGC